AUGUGUGAUGGAGGGCGGGAGAGCGAAAGAGAGAGAGUGGUCAUGGGAGCUUUGAAUGACUGCACAUGGAGAUGGUUAGGGACAUCUAUUAAUCGAGGUAGUUUUGUUCGUUGGUUGACGAAGAAAGCAAAGGUGACAGAAAAUAUGGAAAACAGAAAGCAAGUGGGUGGUUCUUCUUCGUCCUUUACUGUGGAUCUCUUUGGUCCCAAGGACACCUCUUCAUCAUCGUCCUCGUCCACUGGACUCUUUGGCUCUGUUUUUGGGCCACCCUCCACGGGGCUUGGGAGGGACUCCUCUCACUGUGUAAGUACAGGAUCAUCGAAAAAGCCGGAUUUGGGAGGUCAAUAUGGCAAUGCCAAACAUGGAACUACAGGUUCUUCAACACAAAGAAACAAGGGCGAAAGUGCAGAACCAUGCUAUUUCAGCUCAUCAAUCUACUAUGGAGGCCAAGAAGUUUAUUCUCCUAAUAGUCAGACCACUGGUUCUCAGCAAGUUUUCAAGAAAGACGAUGAACAUGAUGACCCGAAUGGAAACAAUGGAAAUGGUGCUUCAAGAGGAAAUUGGUGGAAGGGUAUGAUUGUUGUGGAGUUAUUGAUAAAAGGACACUUGUGA